AAAAUGAUGUAUUAUAACCUUUUUCAACAUGGCGUUCUUUCGCUUGGCUAUAUUGAAUCAUUUAAGCACGUGUGUAAAAGUGCCAAAGUAAUUUUUUUGAAAAAUGGGUGACGAGGAAUACAAAAAUGGACCAGCAGGCUUGGAAACUGAGGGUUUGAUCGAGAGCAACUGGAAUGAAGUCGUCGACAACUUUGAUGACAUGAACCUCAAAGAAGAAUUACUUCGUGGCAUUUACGCUUAUGGUUUUGAGCGUCCUUCGGCUAUUCAACAACGCGCAAUUUUGCCGUGUAUCAAGGAGCAUGAUGUUAUUGCUCAAGCUCAAUCUGGUACGGGAAAAACGGCAACGUUUUCCAUUUCAAUUUUGCAGCGAAUUGACACCAACUUGCGUGAAUGUCAAGCGCUCAUUUUGGCACCAACUCGAGAAUUGGCAACACAAAUCCAAAAGGUUGUCAUCAAUUUGGGUGAAUUUUUGAAAGCCGAAUGUUCUGCGUGCAUCGGUGGAACCAACGUACGUGAAGACAUGCGCAAAUUGGACUCGGGCGCUCAUGUUGUUGUUGGAACACCAGGCCGUGUAUUUGAUUUGAUUAAUCGUAAAGUCUUGCGUACGAACUACAUAAAAAUGUUUGUGCUUGAUGAAGCCGAUGAAAUGUUGUCUCGUGGUUUCAAAGACCAAAUUCAUGAUGUCUUCAAGACUCUUCCAUCUGACGUUCAAGUUGUUCUGCUGUCGGCUACUAUGCCCACGGAUGUGUUGGAAGUGAGUAAGAGCUUCAUGAGAAAUCCAGCUCGUAUUUUGGUCAAAAAAGAAGAAUUGACCCUUGAAGGUAUCAAGCAAUUCUACGUGAAUGUCAAACACGAAGAAUGGAAAGUUGGUACUUUGUGUGACAUUUACGAAACAUUGUCGGUGACUCAGGCUGUCAUUUUUUGUAACACACGCCGUAAGGUCGAUCAGUUGACAGAAGACUUGACUAGUAAGCAUUUUACGGUAUCAUCAUUGCAUGGUGAUAUGGAUCAACGUGAACGUGAAUUGAUCAUGAAGCAAUUCCGCAGUGGUUCAUCACGAGUUUUGAUAACUACUGAUAUUUUGGCUCGUGGCAUUGACGUUCAACAAAUAUCUUUAGUAAUCAAUUAUGAUUUACCAUCUAAUCGGGAAAACUACAUUCAUAGAAUUGGUCGUGGCGGUCGAUUUGGUCGUAAGGGUGUUGCUAUCAACUUCAUCACCGACGAUGACAAGCGUGCACUCAAUGACAUUGAACAGUUCUACAACACCACCAUUGAGGAAAUGCCUGCUGAUGUCGUAAAUCUUUUGUAAAAAUACAUACAAGCAAACAAAUACAAAAAAAAAACCGAAAGAACAUAUUUUGAGAUUGAUUAACGGC